CUCACUCUGGGGACCGGAAGCCUGAACCCGAGCUGCUGGCAUAGAGCGGGUCUGAGACCCUAACAAGAUUCAGAGGCCAAAUGGCGCAGUGGGAGAUGCUGCAGAAUCUUGACAGCCCAUUUCAGGAUCAGCUGCACCAGCUCUACUCAGAGAGCCUCCUGCCAGUGGAUGUUCGACAGUACUUAGCUGUCUGGAUUGAAGACCAGAACUGGCAGGAAGCUGCACUGGGCAACGAUGAUUCCAAGGCUAACAUGCUGUUCUUCCACUUCUUGGACCAACUGAACUAUGACUGUGGCCGCUGUGGCCAGGACCCUGAGUGUUUGUUGCUACAGCACAACUUGCGAAAAUUCUAUCGGGACAUUCAGGCCAUUCCACAGGGCCCUACUCGGUUGGCUGAGAUGAUAUUUAAUCUUCUUUUGGAAGAAAAAAGAAUUUUGAUCCAGGCUCAGAGGGCUCAGUUGGAGCAACAAGAGCCAGCCCUUGAAGCACCUGGGGAGAACCAGCAGCAUGAGAUUGAGUCCCGGAUCCUGGAAUUAAGGGCUAUGAUGGAGAAGCUGGUGAAAUCCAUCAGCCAGCUGAAAGACCAGCAGGAUAUCUUUUGCUUUCGAUAUAAGAUCAAGGCCUCAGCGAAGACACACUCUUUGGACCCCCAUCGGACCAGACAGGAGCAAGUUCUACAGGAAACUCUCAAUGAACUGGACAAAAGGAGAAAGGAGGUGCUGGAUGCCUCCAAGGCACUGCUAGGCCGAUUAACUACCCUAAUCGAGCUAUUGCUGCCCAAGUUGGAGGAGUGGAAAGUCCAGCAGCAGAAAGCCUGCAUUGGAGCCCCCAUGGAUGGAGAGUUGGAGCAGCUGGAGAAGUGGUUCACAGCUGAAGCAAAGCUAUUGUUUCACCUGCGGCAGCUGCUGAAGGAGCUGAAGGGAUUGAGUAGCGUGGUUAAAUAUGAUGAGGACCUUCUGUUCAAAGGGGUGGACCUGCUGAAGGCCCAGGUCACAGAGCUGCUACAGCGCCUGCUCCACAGAGCCUUUAUAGUAGAAACCCAGCCCUGUAUGCCUCAAACUCCACAUCGACCCCUCAUCCUCAAGACUGGGAGCAAGUUCACUGUCCGAACAAGGCUGCUGGUGAGACUCCAGGAAGGCAAUGAGUCACUGACUGCAGAAGUCUCCAUUGACAGGAAUCCUCCCAAAUCACAAGGUUUCCGGAAGUUCAACAUUCUGACCUCUAACCGGAAGACUUUGACCCCUGAGAAAGGGCAGAGUCAAGGCUUAAUUUGGGACUUCGGCUAUCUGACACUGAUGGAGCAGCGUUCAGGUGGUGCAGGAAAGGGCAACAAUAAGGGGCCACUGGGCGUGACAGAGGAACUACACAUAAUCAGCUUCACGGUCAAAUACACCUACCAGGGUCUGAAGCAGGAACUGACAACGGACACCCUCCCUGUGGUGAUCAUUUCUAACAUGAACCAACUCUCAAUUGCCUGGGCUUCAAUUCUCUGGUUCAAUCUGCUCAGCUCAGACCCCCAGAAUCAGCAGUUCUUCUCCAGCCCCCCCAAGGCCCCCUGGAACUUGCUGGGCCCUGCUCUCAGUUGGCAGUUCUCCUCCCACGUUGGCCAAGGCCUCAACUCAGACCAACUAGGCAUGCUGAGGGACAAGCUGUUUGGGCAGAACUCCAGCACUGAGGGUCUGUCAUUGUCCUGGGUUGACUUCAUUAAGCGAGAGAGCCCUCCUGGCAAGCUACCAUUCUGGACAUGGCUGGACAAAAUUCUGGACCUGGUACAUGACCACCUGAAGGAUCUCUGGAAAGAUGGACACAUCAUGGGCUUUGUGAGCCGGAGCGAGGAGCGCCGGCUGCUGAAGAAGACCAUCUCUGGCACCUUUCUGCUCCGCUUCAGUGAAACACUGGAAGGGGGCAUUACCUGCUCCUGGGUGGAACACCAAGAUGACGACAAGGUGCUCAUCUACUCCUUGCAACCCUUCACCAAGGAGGUGCUGCAGUCCCUCCCACUGACCAAAAUCAUCAGCCAGUACCAGCUGCUCACUGAGGAGAACAUUCCUGAGAACCCACUGCGCUUCCUCUACCCCCGAAUCCCCCGGGACGAGGCUUUUGGGUGCUACAACCAGGAGAAAGCUAAUCUCCAGGAACGGAAGAAAUACCUGAAACAUAAGCUCAUCGUGGUCUCUAACAGACAGGUGGAUGAGCUGCAACAACCGCCGGAGCUUAAGCUAGAGCCAGAUCUGGAGUCAUUAGAGCUGGAUCUGGGGUUGGCGCCAGGGCCAGAGCCAGGGGUAGGCCUGGACUUAGAGCCACUGCUGGAGGCAGGGCUGGACCUGGGGCCAGAACUGGAACCCAUGCUGCAGUCCACUCUGGAGCCUGUGCUGGAGCCCAUACUAGAUGAGGUAUUGCAGGGAGUCCCAGAGCCAAACCUGGGACCAGAACUGAAGCUGGAGCCUAUUCUAGAGCCUGUUUCACAGCCAGUGCCAGAGCCGGAUUUGCCCCAUGAUCUGAGACACUUGAACACUGACGAAAUGCAAAUCUUCAGAAAUAGCAUGAGGAUUGAAGAAAUCAUGCCAAAUGGUGACCCACUGUUGGCUAGCCAGAACACCAACGUGGAUGAAGCUUGUGUCUUCCACCGGAGCCAUUUCUACACGGAUGGGCCCUUGAUUCCUUCUGACUACUAGGAACUAUAUUUCCUCUGUUCUAUCCAUAUAUUUUGCCCCUCCUACUCCUCACAGCGUGAUGUUGUUCUCCAAGGAUGGGAAAUCAGUGCCCCUUCUAAGCUGGGUUAACCCUGGGAUUUGGAGUGAGAGGUAGAAGCAUAACAUGGGUAAGGAAGAGGUGCCAGUGAAUUAGAACAGAUGUUGGCUGUAGUUCCAACUAGGAGCCCAGAGGCUGCCUGCUGUGCUGGGAGGUAUAGGCAUUCGGGGGCAGGCCAGGGCAGUUAGAAGGCACUUGGAGGGUUCAGGGAAGUGGCUUCUUUCCCGGAUGAAAGGAUUUCCAAUAUUUUAGUACCUGACAAGGUUAACCUGGUGCCCACUUCAUCUUCCUGGAAUGCUUUUCUGCUCAAAACAGCUGUGACUUCUGAUCCUGCAGUGAUUUGGGACUCCGUCUUUGGUCAAAUACAUUCUUGGCCCGGAAAGCAAGGGAGAAAUCUCUGGGUCAUGGAGUGAGAAAGGACCACACUUAGGAGCCCCACUUCCCAACUGCAACCCCUUGUAAUCUCAUUCAGCUUGCUUAGGCAUGUAGGGAUUAAGGCCAAAAAGAUCCCAAUUACGCUAUGUACCAGGGGAUCAUGAGGAAAGAUCCCUCUCUGCCAUAGCCCUGCAGAGUAGAAGGAUACAUUUUGUAGUCCUUUGGCCCUAUUUUUCCAUUCUAUUUCUUUUUCCCAACAAACCUAGAAAUUAGACUUAGAUAUCCACAUAAAUAAGUCUUUAUUGAAAAACAUCAUAAUUCAGUAUAAAUAUAAUAAAUAAUCUUCCUUCCCAAACUGCUGCUAUGGAUAAAUAAUCCCCAAAUUUCCCUUCCCAUCUAAUAAAUAUUCAACCUUGUCCUAGGUCAGCAUCAUAAAUCAGUCAGUGUAGGUAAGUUUUCAACAGAGCAAGUCCCAUUAAAAUUAAUGGAUUGAUGAACUUGUUGGCUCAUAGCUUCAUUUUAGCAUUGCUGAGCAAUGGAGGUCUUGGUGUCAUCCUUAAGCUGCUGGCUUUACUGGCUCAGAGUUGCUGCUCCAUGGGCGAAGACCCGGGCAGCUACAGCCACAAAGGCCUGGAGGCUGCGAAGGAUCUUGAGGCGGAGAAGGAGGCGUUGCCAGGGCUGGCUGGGACUGGGGCUUGGCGUCUGCUCAGUCUCCCAGUGGUGACCCUCGGGCUGAAAGGACACAGGACACUAGUAGAGAGGAUCCUUCACCCCCCAGGCACUGUCUCUGACACCUGCAAGCCACCCCCCGCUCCAGGCCCCUAGUUUAUACCUGCAAGAGUUGCCUGAGGCCCAGUAGGGAGGCGUGAAGCUGGCCCACAGAGCCAUCAGGGUGUAGAGAAGGCUCCCCUGUGAAAAUGUCUGAGCCCAGCAGCUUCUCAUAAAAAACCAGGCCUUGGUGGAUCCUUUGCAAGCAGGACUGGGGAGAAAAGGCAGUGAAAGAAAAAUACCUUCUAAUUACUGCAUCUGCUGAAGACCCAUCUGAUUCUUGCCAUUCCUAAACACGGCUAUGAUGUGAAUGUUUGCAUCCCCACAAAAUUCAUACAUUGAAAUUCUGGCCCCCAGUGUGAUGGUAUUAGGAGGUGGGGCCUUUGGGAUGAUUAGGUCAUGAGGAUGGAGGCCUCGUGAGAAGGAUUACUGCUCUUAUAAGAGACCCACAGGGAGUUUCCUUGUGGUGCAGCAUGUUAAGGAUCAAGUGUUGUCACUGCAGCAGCUCAGGGUGCUGCUGUGGCAUGGGUUCAAUCCCUGGCCCAGGAACAUUCACAUGCCACAGGCAUAGCCAAAAAACAAUAAUAGUAAAUAAAUGAUAGGUAGGUAGGUAGAUAGAUAGAUAGAAGAGACCUACAGAACUUCCUAAAAUACAAGAACUCUGCAUCCUGGAAGAGGGCCCUCAACUAUGCUGGCACUCUGAUCUCAGAUCUCCACUCUCCAGAACUGAGAAAUAAAUGUCUGUUUAUAAACU